GAACCCGCCCGUCUACGUACCGUUCAACUGGAGAAAACAAUGCGUUGGUGGUCUGAUUGCACGGCUAGUUGGCGUGAGAAAUGGGCUCUUGUGCGUGAUGAGCGAAACNGAGCGAAACCAGUUACGGGAAGAAUUAUUCUUCCAUGUCUUAUGAUUCGAAGAAGCACUGUGAUACAUCCAUCUAUUAUUUAUAGCGAUAUCAAUCAUUCAGAGAGAGAUAGAGGAGCUGGUAUGGCGGAAUAUGAACCUACCGUUGGAAGCAGUUUGUUGUUUACGUUUUACCAGAGUACUAGGGCUAUCGAAGGAAGAAGAAGAAGCGGACACAGCGGACAGUGUUCUGAAAUUUGGGAAGGGAAGGUGAUCUUAAUCCGGAUGAGCGGGGGAUCGCGCCCAACAUUUGUGUCAUUAACAUAA